UAGAACUACACAAAACAACCAGAAACAUGACAGUUAAGCAUUUUACUUUAGAUCAGCUGCUCUUUAAAUCACUGUAACACUAUGCAGGAAGAUGUUCCUCACCUUAAUUUAAUCAGUUUUAUCCUCUAAUGUGUGUCUGCUUAAGUGUUUCAUGUGGUUAAAAUGACAAAUUAAAAUAUGAAAAGCACCACUAAAUUACAAUGUCUUUGUUUUGAUAUGAACUGGAACAUUGAUGGAUGAAAAGUCCAUUAACAGAAGUCUGACAGCUCCUCAGCUUUUAACCUUGUUACAUGAUCUUCCUCAGUGGAUGGAGAUGGGACUGAAAAACACCACACACAGCAUGAGAAACCCCACUGGGAUGUCACUCUGUAUGUAAUACAAGCAUCAGGCCACUAGAGAGCAGUACACAGUUGAAUAGCAACUGUUCAAACACUGACUUACAGGACUGAAAGAAGUGUUAUGGGAAGUCGUAAUGGGGCUGGAGCCUAUCCCAGCUGUAAGAGGGCAAGACGCAGGGUACAUGCUGACCGAGUGAACAGGAUGUAUGCAGGUAAACUCGAGACUCUGUCGAGCUGAUCUGUGGUGUAGUGGAGAGACUGUCGAUGACUGAUUCACUUCACAGAAACACAGAGAGAGCCUUGAACUAAUUUGUUGAAGCCGACAUGGAGAGUGACUCUGAAACACACAGUGGUGAAGAUACUACUCCAGAUGACUGGAUGGAAUUGGCUGAUGACAGUCCUGCUGCAAGUCCUGCUGCCAGUCCUGCUGCCAGUCCAGCCAACAGUCCAGAUGCCAGUCCUGCUGUCAGUACUGAUGCCACACAAAAACCCUCAGAAAAAGAGGAUUUUAAACUGUCCCUGAUCACCUGGAAUGUGGAUGGGCUUGAUUUCGAAAACCUUCCAGAGCGUUCCAUAGGCCUGGUUAAAUAUUUAAACUUGUACAAGCCUGAUGUGGUGUUCCUGCAGGAGCUCAUUGACCCUUAUGUCCAUUUCUUGAAGAAGCGGCUUGUCAGCUACCUGAUGAUUGAAGGUGCUGAGGAAGGUUACUUCACAGGGAUGUUGCUGAAAAAGUCACGAGUCACAUUGGUGGAGAGUGAGAUAGUACCCUAUCGCACCACUAAGAUGAUGAGGAACCUGCUUGUCGCUCAGGUGAUCGUUGACGGCCAGAAGCUGUGCCUGAUGACAUCCCACCUUGAGAGCGGUAAGGCAAAUUCAAAAGAGCGUAUGAAUCAGCUGCAUGUGGUGAAGUGGAGGUUUAAACGUGCACCUGAUGACGUCACCGUCGUGUUUGGGGGAGACACAAACCUGAGGGAUGCGGAGGUACCCAAGGUGGGCCUGCCUGCAACUGUCUGUGAUGUGUGGGAGCAACUGGGCAAGCAGGAGCACUGCCGCUACACGUGGGACACCACUAUUAACACCAACAAGAAAGCUUCCUUUCCUGUUCGCUUCCGCUUUGACAGAAUCUACCUCCGCCCAGCCAUCAAACGUGGAGUCCCUCGUCUGGCCCCUGAUCACAUGGCCUUGGUGGGGCUGGAGAAGCUGGACUGUGGCCGCUACACUAGUGAUCACUGGGGAAUCUACUGCACCUUCUCAGCUGAAUAGAACUACACAAAACAACCAGAAACAUGACAGUUAAGCAUUUUAUUUUAGAUCAGCCGCUCUUUAAAUCACAGUAACGCUAUGCAGGAAGAUGUUCCUCACCUUAAUUUAAUCAGUUUUAUCCUCUAAUGUGUGUCUGCUUAAGUGUUUUAUGUGGUUGAAAUGACAAAUUAAAAUAUGAAAAGCACCAAUAAAUUAUAUUGAUAUGCCCUUACAUUGAUGGAUGAAAAGUCCAUUAGCAGAAGUCUGACAGCUCCUCAGCUUUUAACCUUGUUACAUGAUCUUCCUCAGUGGAUGGAGUUGGGACUGAAAAACACCACACACAGCAUGAGAAACCCCACUGGGAUGUUACUCUGUAUGUAAUACAAGCAUCAGGCCACUAGAGAGCAGUACACAGGUGAAUAGCAACUGUUUAAACAGUGACUUACAGGACUGAAAGUAGUGUUAUGGGAAGUCGUAAUGGUGAGUCCAACUUUUAACAGCUACACACGUAGCCUGAAGUUGUUGAUCCACUGUUUUAACAGCUACAUGCAGUACCAUCCAUCCACUCUCUUCUGUUUAUCCAAUUCAAGAGCUGGAGCCUAUCCCAGCUAUUAUAGGGCAAGAGGCAGGGUACACCUUAGACGUGGUAAAAAGUGAUUUUGCCACAUGUGUUUGUGUUUUGUGUGACAUUAAAGGAAAUAAAAUUUGGCAUGUUUAAUUAAGGAUGGAAAGCCCCCACCCCUGGUUAAUAUUUCUAUUUGUUGUAAUAAAGUUUGUAAUUAAUAAAUGUAGUUAUUUCAAGCUCAAA